AUGAGCUUCGACAAGCUCUUGUACGACAUCUUCGUGCACGUGGCCGGAUCGUCUGUGGUUGUCGCUCAGAAGCCGACACCUGCAUCGGAUCCAAUUGCAAUCGUCAUCACCCGUGACAGCGACGCGCUAUUCCACAACCUGGCAGUCAGCCAGAAGGCCGUCUACCAGCCGACAUUCAAGCACAGACGAUGGCUCGAACAGAGGAAGGGACGUGCAGUAGAGGGCAAGGAGUCAAUCGCUCACAAGGAGACCAACUUGCCGCCGCUCCGUGGACCAGAAGCAUUGAUCAUCGAGUAUGUCAAGCGGUCCAGGGUUGUUGAGUCGGAUCUGGACGCGUUUUACAACAAUGUUACUCUCAAGAAGCAUCAGUGGGAUGCAAAGCGAGCAAGGGAUCAAGAGUUCAAACUAGUCGGAAAACGCCUUUUGGAGUUGGUUGGAGGUACUCCAGGCGCGAAACGGGACAGCAAAAAUAAGGUCAUCAUCGGUGUAGGACUCGGAGAGUUCUCUUCGAGUCCACGGUUGCCGUCCCUCCACACAGCAUUUCUCAAGUACUUUGUGCAGUUGACCCGAUCAUUGGAUUACAUCAUAGUCGGAGUCAAUAAAUACUAUACGUCCAAGCGGUGUCCAGUGUGCCACGAGUUUGUUGGCCAAGUCGACAUCCGUCAGCUGUAUCGCCCCACUUGUGGCGCCAAGAUUCACAGAGACGUUAUGGCCGCCCAUAACAUGUGUAACAUCAUCCAGGGACACUUACUUGACCACAAGCGCCCUCACUACUUGCGGCCGUACGACAAGAACGGAAUCUACAUCUGGGAACUCGAGGAGAACAUCAGUCUGUCGAGACUAUGUGGGCACAUUUGGCCGUAA